AUGGUCGAUGAAAGGCCAACACGGCUACUUGCAUCGACGAGGCACCUCCGCCAACCGCUCUUCACUUUCACCCACCAUGCCAGGAACCUCAAAACAGUGGCAGAGAUAGUUGCGCCGAUCAGCAUAGAGGACUUCAGAAGAGAUGCAUUUCAAGCUCAAAGGCCUCUUCUUAUACGACCAAGCUCCAAACCCUCUACGUUGAGCCCUUGCCCCAACCAGCAAAAUGAUGCCAAUACCCAAACCAACACUUCGACUUCACCAACUAUACUACCCGCCCUAACCAAAUGGUUCAACACCUCUCCCUCCUCCGGAAAGACCUCAUUAACUCCGUACCUUGACAACUUCCGAUCUACCAUCCUCCCUUACGAACUCUCGUUCCCAAACUCAGCCCAAGUCUUAGGUUUCAUGUCUUGGCUACAACGGUCCUCCUCCUCCUCCUCCUCAUCAACGGCAUCCAGCGAUUCACACCCGGACUCCAACUCCGACUCCGACUCACAAUCCCGUCUCGCCCUAGCCCACCUCCUUAAAAACUAUAUCACUCACCACUCCUCCUCCUCCUCUUCAGAGUUCCUCAUUCUCGACCUCCCCCUCCACCUCCUCCUCCUUGCCCACCACUACAACAUGUUUCUGUCCUCCUCCCAAACCCCUCCCAACCCCCCGCUCACAAACCUCUACAUAGCCCAAGCGCCCCUCUCCCACCUCCCUUCCCCCCUCCGAUCCGACCUCCCUACCCCUCUCUUGGUUUCCCACGCCGGCCGCGGAGACAUCUACUCUUCCAGCAUCUGGCUCGGCUUACAACCGACAUAUACGCCUUGGCAUAGAGACCCGAACCCAAACUUGUUUUGCCAGUUGUGUGGGACAAAAGUCCUGCGGCUGAUGGCGCCCAAGAGGGGAGAGGCGCUGUUUCGGGGGGUGAUGGCUUCCUUGGCCGUGGCGGCGGGGUCUGGGAAAAUAAGAGGGGAGGAGAUGAUGAAGGGAGAACAGAGAAGGGCUUUGGAGGGGGCUGUUUGGGCUGGUGACGGCGAAGGGGCGGAUGACAUGAUGUACGAGGUGACGGUGCAGGCAGGGGAUAUGCUGUUUAUGCCACUGGGGUGGUGGCAUAGUGUCAAAAGCGUGGGCGAGGAGGGGGGCAUUAAUGGGAGUGUGAAUUGGUGGUUUCGGUAG